AAUGUUACUGCUCAAGCAUUUUCUAAUAGUAAUACUCGCCUCAACCAGCAUCGGUAUAGUAUCCUGCUAUAAGGACUCCCUGCACGCCUACGCACCGGAAUAUGCUCAUCCAGCGUAUUCCUUCAGCUACGGUGUUAAAGAUCUACAUAGCGGUGAUGUGAAGUCACAAUGGGAAACGCGUGACGAUGGUAUCGUCAAGGGCCACUACAGUGUCGUAGAGCCGGACGGUUCUAUACGCGAAGUGGAUUACACAGCUGAUUCUAAAACGGGAUUCAACGCGGUUGUUAAAACACACGGCCCAAACGCUCAUCCCGUGCGAGAUCACGAUCAUCAGGAGCACAAGACGCACUACUACGAUGAGCACCAUUCCCAGUCGAAGAUCAAUCACUUCAGCAAGGGGCAGGACCAUCUCAUCCUUAGCUCGGAUCUUCCCCAGCACGAAAAGGAUAUUGCCGAAAUCAGCGAAAAGAAGCGCCCAAUUCCUUCAAUCUUGGAGUUGAAACCACACGUCAAUCUCGAAAAGCCAUUGGUUGCGUACAAACAUUACGAACCACCGAAAACCAUCUACAAACACUACUCCUACGACGAGCUGAAGCCUCAUCACGUUACGGUGGAAACGGAACAUAGCCACAAGCAUUACGUUUCCGACUCGUCCGAUUUCUUCUCCGAGCAGGUGGACACCGAGAAGGACCUGUUCAAACCGAGCAUCCGCAUCGAGGAGGUGAAAGCGCCGGAUCUAUCGAAGCUGAAGCCUAUCUCGCCGGAUGUAGAUUUUUCACAGCUUUCCGAGAGUGAUCUUGGACCGUACUACACAAAGGAUAGCUUCCGACCGUUUGCACAGUACACCAAUCACGUGUCACAUCCCGUUACGCUUCAAAAAGCUAAAGUGCACGCGAUCCAGGUAGACACGAAGCCAAAAAAGAAUCUGCUAAAACCCCUAACUACACCGGGACUUAAAAACUUUGCCACACCGGCGGUGUACAAAUUUUCUGCCCGUGGACCAGCGCGGCCUGAUUAUGCGAGCUACUUUAAGACGAAAACUAACCGUCAGGCGCGCAAUGGGCCGGUCCUGUUCCAUCCGGAUGAGCAGAAGCGUGCGUCGCAGCGAAUGGUGCAAUCGAUGCUGUCGCGUCAACAUUCCCGUAACGUUCCCGUUUAUGCAAAGAACUAUGCUUGA